AUGGCGUAUUGGUAUAUCCACUUGGCACAAGUUCAGAUAACCAACACCUCAGGGCGGGAUGUUCCAAGCUCAAAGUACCUCCGAAUGAUCGAGCACCAGGAAGCUGUGAUCGACCAGUUAAUCGACCACACAAAAACAAUGUCCGAACGUCUUCGAGACGUCGAGCGACAGUGGAAGUCCAUGAUGCGGAGCUGCGUUGCCUACAUGCUUUUGUUUUCCGACAACCACGAUGUGGACGAGAGUGCGGCGACCUACCCGCGGUGCGUCGGCAUCGUCAACGGGUCCGUCGAGCGCAAGCUACGCGCUCUUUACAAGAAAGGGGAGCUGGAUGUGCUCAUUGUCGAAUUUAAUGCUCGCGUCUAA